AGAUUGUGGAAGCUAGGUCGCGCUCAGUCCCAAGUUGUCUUGUAUGUCCUGGGCUAAAGCUGGUUUCAGAAGCAUCCUAUCAAAAGCAUUUUAAUAUCGGACUGCCCAAGCUAAGGUGGAUUCACCUCUUGGUUCUGCUUUGGGAUGCUGGUUGUCAAUCUGGUUUUGAUGCUAGUUUAGGCAUAUUUCUUAAUAUUCAGUCUAAUAAUGCAACCUAACAUAAAAGUGGGAGCAACCGCUUCCAUUGGUAUUUGCAUUCUCAUCAUUGGCUGCGUGCUGGGCUGGUAUGGCUUUCCAGUCAUCAUUGACAACAUGCUUGAAAAGAGCAUGGUGCUGACGCCAAGCUCAGAGAGCCUGGAGGGCUGGCAGGCGCCCACGGACAAGGUGGACGUCUUCAUGCAGUUCAUCAUGUUCAACGUCACCAACGCGGAGGCGGUGAUUGCGCGCGGCGAGAAGCCGAUGCUGCAGGAGGUCGGCCCCUUCUCCUAUAGGGAGAGCCGGCGACGGGUGAACCUGAGCUGGUCGGAAGACGGCGCGCGGCUCACCUACUCCGAGCACCUGUCGUAUGCGUUCGACCCGGAAACAUCGGCGCCCGGCGUGGAUGAGGACACCAGCAUCGUUACCGUCAACGCUCCAAUGCUGAUGCUGCAGGAACUGGUGGCCUCGCUGCCGCUCUCGAUGAUUCUCAGUGGACUCGUGUCGGCCACCAUGGGGCCGCAGCUGCGCCGUCCGUUCGUCUCCGUCCCCGUACGACAGCUGCUGUUCGACGGGUCGCCGGUGCCGGCGCUGAAGAGCCUGCUCAGGCUGCCCGGCACCGGAGCCAUCCUGGAUGGUCUGUGUGGCAGAGGACUGUGCGGCAGUCCACGCGACCUGGAGAGACUGAAGAACGGCCGCUUUCCGUCCAUGAUGUAUAACAACUCUCUGGACGGCCCAUAUACGAUCGAUACGGGUAAAAAUGAUAUCGACCGUUUCACGCGCGUGGAGUCGUACAAGGGCAAGUCAUCGCUUGAUUACUGGGGCUCGUCCUACUGCAAUAUGCUGAACGGCACAGAUGGAAUCACCUAUCCCCCGCACAUGGAGAGAAAGGACCGCAUAUUCAUAUUCAACAAGGACCUAUGCAGAUCCAUCUACCUCGACUACGAGCGCGACGUCGAGUACUUCGGCAUCUCGACGCGUCGCUACGUGCCGGCGCGCGCUGUUCUGGAGGAACCGGCCGUCAACCCUGACAACAAGUGCUUCUGCGCCCCGGAGGACCACUGCCUGCGUGCCGGAGCGCUCAGCCUCAGCCCCUGCCAGUUCGGAGCACCAAUUGUCGCUUCUACGCCUCACUUCUACAACGGAGAUCCAUCCUAUCUAGAAGCCGUGGACGGCCUCGCCCCGGACAAACGCUACCACGAGACGUUUAUCGACAUUGAGCCACUCACCGGACUGGCCCUGAACGGCGGUAAGAAGAUUCAGAUCAACAUUGACCUAGAGCGGUUCGGCUCUCUGGACGGUAUGGAGCGGCUGCCGCCCGUGCUCUUCCCGGUCAUGUACACCAACGAGACGGCGGUAGUGAACUCUGCACUGGCGGCCGAGUUCCGAGACCGUCUGCAGCGUCCGCUGAGUCUGGUGGCCGCCGCCCGCUGGCUGCUGGUCGCUCUGGGAUCGGCCCUGCUGCUGCUGGCUGGACUGAUGUAUCUGCGUCGCCACAGCCACCCCACGACCAAGGCCGGACAGUGCCCACUGCAAUGACGGUCGGUCCCGGUUGCGGCGCGAGCUGCACCGGGACCCCAGCUGGGCGCCGGCCACUGCCGGCUCGCCGUGGACGCGGAGGGCAGCGAUCAGACUCUGCUGCCGCCGCCGCAGUACCCGACAGGCACCGAGCGCCGGCCGCUCACACUGCAGGGAACAGAGGGCCGACAGACUAGGAACGGUGCAGUGACGAACGGGACCGCUGCGGCGGCAGUGGACGGUCGGAGUGGGGAGAGGGUGACGGCGAAUCGGUACUGACGCGAGGCGUGAAGGCGGUGAUUGAUCUGUGUGGGAUAGUGGAGUUCGUAUGAUGUGGAGUAGGCAGUGAGCUGUGAGACUAAGGCGGAGCAUGGUUGAUGCUGAUAUUUGGGGUAGACUAUGGGCCGCAGAGCCAGCUUCUCUCAUUACUCGACAUCCUCGCUCCUCAUUCAUCGCUCGUGGCUCUCAGUCACAGAACCAAAUACAGCCGGCGUGCCUUGCCGUCUGCGAAGUACUAGUUAUCCGAACACACGGAGUCGCGGCGAUGGUAGGGUGUUUCGCAAACCAACACACUGUCAGCAUCUGGAACCGUCAUGUUAAUGACACGAUCACCAUGCUUGCGGCUCAUUUUAACAUUUAUGAUCUGUGUGACAUUAUCAUCGUUGUCAUCACUUUGAGAUCUGAUAAUUUUUUUUAGAUGAUU